AUGUCGGACACGGCUCUCGAGAGCUUCGAGCUGCUGGGCCCCAGUGCGGUGGCGCUGUCUUGGCUGGGCCUCUGGAGGCCUCCCGGUGGCCGCAGGCCGGGCUUCCGGCUGCUGGGGGCCGCCUUCGUCACCGCCGUCAACGUCUCAGCGUGCCUCAACUCUGGCACGCAGAUGCUCGUCGACACACCGGCCGAUCCAGCAGUUUUCCGCGAGGUCUUCUUCCUGUACACGUGCACUUUCUCUUGGACCAUCCGGUUGGUGACGUUCAUGCUGUACCGGAAGCGACUGCAGCAAAUGGUGCUGAGUCUACUGGAUGCAAGGAGGUUAUUCCCAGACAAUGGUACAGGUGUACGGGAGAAGUACAGCAGGACUGCCAGCACCGUGUGGAAGCUGUGGCAGACGCUACCAGCGGUGACGGUGAUGCUGUGGAUGGGAGACCCACUCAUUCGGACCCUAACGUCGUCACAAGCGAACAACAGCACCAGGCCGCUCAUCUUCUGGCUUCCCGUCGACGUGCAACACUCGCCCGCCUACGAAAUCACGUACGCCAUCCAGGCUGUUGGCGCAGGAGCAGCUGGGGAGACCAGCAUCCUGUUGGACGUUUUCUUCGUCGUUCUCUUAACCCAUGCAGCAUCUGAACUAGCAGUGCUGAACAAGAAUAUCGAAGGAAUCGGACUUUCGAAGCUCCGUGACCGAGUAAAUGAAGCAGAGAGGGACAUGAGUGUACAACUUCAAGAAAGUCGCACUGAUGAAAUGAGCAGAUCACAACCAAGCUACACGCUGAAUGGGUGUUUACCUGCACCCGUGAUCAGUGUAGGCAGUAGCGGGAAUCACUUCUUUCUGAAUAGAGAUGACAAUCGCUGGACUCUGUACAGCACUUUAGUGAAGAACAUUCGACAUCAUCAACUCAUAAUAUCGUAUAUCAAGGAUUUGGAAGUAGUGACAAGCACUUCCGUUUACCUCCUGCUGCUUGCGAAUGCACUGAAUGUUUGUUUGCAUUCAUUCGGAUUCGUGGCGUUGUUUCAGGAGGGAGCAACACGGUCGACUGUAAUUAAGGAAAUGAUCUCUUUCCCAUCCUUUCUGGGUCAGACAGCCUUAUACUGUUUCUUCGGGCAGUUGGUGAUUGACCAGGCGGAGCGCCUGCAGUUUUCUGCCUUCAGCUGCGCCUGGCCGCAGGCGGACCGUCGGUUUCGCAGGUCGCUGCGCAUCUUCAUGCUGCAGGCGGCGCGACCGCUCAGCAUCAGGGUUGGAAAACUCGUGCAGCUCUCCAGGAGCACUUUUCUGCAGGCACUGAAUACUUCGUACACUAUAUUCAACAUGCUGUUUAAUGUAGAGAAAAGAAAUUAA